UCACAGUCUCCCGAGGCCAAUUCCACCUGCAUGGACCUCCCCGGCGCCGACAAAGUAAUGGUCCUCCUCAAAACCGGCGCAACAGAACUCUACCAGAAACUCCCAAUACAUCUCUUGACCACACUCGGCUGCACUCCCAAUUUCUUGUUGUACUCGGACCUCAACCAAACCUUCGCCUCCCAUGAGAUACACUCCGCCAUCGACACAGUCAGCACCACAACCCGCUCCACGCACCCGGACUUCGAACUGUAUCGCGCUUUACAACAACACCACUCUUCAAAUCAAGACAUGUCCAAGCUCUCCGGCACUGGCGGCUGGAACCUCGAUAAAUGGAAAUUCCUCCCCAUGCUGCACGACGCCUACAUCAACUCUCCAUCACACAUCGACUGGUUUCUCAUUAUCGAAGCCGACACCGCUAUCUCCUGGCUGAAUCUCCUCCUCUGGCUGCCUCAUUUGAAAGCCUCCGAAAACCUCUACCUGGGGUCCCAAAACGUCAUCGGAAAAUCCUUCUUCGCGCACGGCGGGUCCGGCGUCCUCAUCUCCCGUCCCGCAGUCGCCGCCCUGGAAACCCUCCGCGAGCUUGAAGGCGCAGAAACCUACGACGGCAGAUGGGAAGGCAUAACGGCACAAUCGUGCUGCGGCGACGAAGUCCUCGCUCGCGCGUUACUGGAAGCCGGAACAGCCCUCAUGGGCGCCUUCCCGAUCAUUCAAGGCGAAACACCUUCCACGGUAGACUUCACGGGACUGCACUGGUGCGUUCCCGCGGUAACGUGGCACCAUGUUUCGCCUGUACAAGUCGAUGCGCAGUGGACAUUUCAAACGCAGUGGGUGGAAAAGUACGGCUGGGAACGACCGAUGUUGUAUAAAGACAUCUUUGAGCACUUCGUGGCACCACACAUCGGAGAGACGAGGAAGGGGUGGAGGAACCUGAGCAAGGAUCGGAAAAUUGAUGAGGAGAAAGCUUCUGUCGAGUCGGAGCAGGCGUGUGAAGGAUGGUGCAGGAGCAAGGGAAAAGGGGAGUGCAAGCAGUGGAUGUGGAUGCCAGGACGGUGUUAUCUGGGCAAAGACGUGAGGUUGGGG